AUGUCCAAACCAGGUAACAGUGGAAAUAUUGGAAGUUAUUUGACAUCGUUGUUUGGUAAACCAACAACCAAAAAGCCAUCAGCCACACCAAAGAAAAAAACCAGCCAAAUAGAAGUAUCAAAGGCUUCCUCUUCAGUCGCUGCUAUUGAUGAUAUUGCUGAGGUAUCACACUCCGAAGUUUAUGAUGAAGAACCACAACAUCAUCACAUCAUGGAAGAUGAUGAAAUUAUUGAACAACAUUCAAAGAAAGUAGUUUUAAUGACAUCGCAACAACAAUUGCAAUCUGCACAUACUAUUGUUAAUUGGAAAGAUAGAGAUAAUCAAGGAAAGAUACUUUGUGAUUUUGGAGAUUCCGAUAUUGAUAAUGUAGCUAGUGAAACAGAUGUUAAAAUUGUAAAACCAACCAAAAGUGGACCAGUUAAAUAUAUGUAUGACAAAUUGUACAAACAAGCAUCAGUGCUGUUAGAAAGAUUGGAAGAUGUCGGUGCUAAAAUUCUUGAAUAUCAUAAUAUUGAAUCAGCAAAACCUUUAAAUUAUCAUUCUGAUCAACCAGAAGUUUAUAUUGGAAGAAUUCUUGCAGAAUCUGUAACUGGUGAUGACAAGCUCAAUCCUGCUUCUAUUUUAUUGGAAGGUUUAACAAAUGCUGAGACAUCAGAUUGUAAAGUUAUCAAGUUGAGUUUUGAUAAGUUUGGUCUUGAUUCAGGUGUUUCACAAACUCUCUUCCCAGGCCAAAUUGUUGCUAUCAAAGGAUUAAACUCAGUACAAGGAUUGAAAGUGGAAAAGAUUUACACUGGAGCUCCACUUGAUGCUCCAGAAGAUCAACCACAGCCAAGUGAUGAAAAGAAAAAGAUCAAAAUUAUGGUUGCUUGUGGUCCAUUCACUCUCCAACAUAAUGUCUUAUACGAUCCUCUCAAAAAUCUUAUAACUUUGGUCGAAACAAACGAACCAAAUGUUUUGGUACUUGUUGGACCAUUUCUGAGUGAGGAUAAUGCUCUUGUGAAAUCUGGAUUUAUGGACGAAACUUUUGAAUCAACCUUUGAAAAUAGAUUCAUUGCCAAACUGAAGACUAUCGAAACUGAUUGUCGUGUUAUUUUAAUUCCUUCCCUUAAAGAUGUAAAUAGUGAUUUUGUUUUCCCACAGCCUGCCAUUGAAAUUGAAAAUGGUUCUUCCAAGAUUCAAAGCUUUCCUAAUCCAUCAACAUUUUCCAUCUCAUCUCCGUCCUUCAAUCCAAUCAAGAUUGGUGUUACCUCAAUAGAUGCCAUUAAAACCAUCAAGGAAAAAGAAUAUACUUUUGGUUAUGUUGAGGAUCAAACUGAACACUAUUUAAAGGCAGUACUGGAACAACAAUAUUACUAUCCAAGAUUGCUUCCUUCCUCAGAAAUUCCACUUGACCAUUCACUUUUAAAUGGUACCAAGUCAUCUCUUAAGAUUGAGGAAUCACCUAAUAUUAUCAUCCUUCCUUCUGAUCAUUUAGAAACAUGUUGUAAAGUGAUUAGUAACACAAUUGUUAUUAAUCCAACAAGAUUGUGUAAUAAUCAAAACCGAAAGGAAGGAAGUUAUGCAAUUAUUGAUAUUGUGAAUGAUACUUCAUUAACAUUGGACAAGAGAGUUCACGUUCAAGUAGUUAAUAUCUAAAAUAAAUUAUUCAAAAUUUC